UUAAUAAUAACUAGCUUACCAAGAUGGCUGCCAUAGACCUAGAAGCAUUCAACCAUAAAAUAACUGCAGCAGCUGAUCGAAUAAAAGACUACACAUACAAGACACCCCUGGAGCACUCCUCCUACCUCAGUGACUUUAUAAAGGCUAAUGUCUAUCUCAAACUAGAAACCCAACAGGUGACAGGUUCAUUCAAGGCUAGAGGAGCGUUCAAUAAGCUCUCAAUAUUGAAGUCACAGCCAGGAAUUGAGAAAGGAAUCAUUACCUCUUCAAGUGGGAAUCAUGGUUUAGCCACAAAUUUAGCUCUUAAGACGUUGGGAAUUAAGGGAACCAUAUUUGUGCCCGAGAUUGUAGCCGAGGGGAAGAAGCAAGUGUUGUUACAGGAGGGGGCCACAUUACAACAAUUUGGGCUUGAUUGCUUGGACUGUGAAAAUAAAGCCAGAGAAACUGCUGAGGUUAAUGGUGUUACCUUUUUGUCUCCUUACAAUGACCUGGAUGUGAUCGCAGGACAAGGCACUAUAGGUUUAGAAAUACUAGAGAAGUUACCCAGCGUAGACUAUGUCCUGGUGCCUGUAGGGGGAGGAGGAUUGAUCGCUGGAAUAGCAGCCUAUAUGAAGUAUAAAAGUCCUAAAACUAAGAUAGUUGGUGUGCAACCAGCCAACUCUAAGGUGAUGUAUGAGAGUGUUAAAGCUGGGAAGAUCAUCUAUGAGGAAUCAUUGGAGACAUUGUCUGAUGGAACAGCAGGAGGAAUAGAGGAGGAUUCUGUGACAUUCCCCUUCUGUAGAGACUUAGUGGAUGAUUGGAUAAUGGUAGCAGAAGAGGAUAUAUCAAGAGGAAUAUACACCAUUCUAGAGAAACAUCACAAGCUGAUAGAGGGGGCUGCUGGCUGUGCAGUUGGGGCACUUAUGACCAAUAAGAAGAUGUUUGAGGGAAAAACAGUUGUGGCUGUGAUGUGUGGGGCCAACAUAAGCAUGAAUGUGUUGAAACAUAUUGUAAAUGAACAUUCAAAAGUUGAGUAAAAUAUGAUACGAUAAAAUAGGAUAAAAAUAAAAUACGAUAAAUUUGUAGUGCAAUAAAAGAAAUUCAAGUACUGCAUUUAUAAAAACUUGUACAGUACACAACAGAAUUUGCUGCAAUAUUAAUUUAA